AUGACCUUGCAAGUCUUUGUCGUUGGGGAGAAGUUGACCCCAGGCCCCUUGGAUGUUUUUCUUGUGAUGGAAGACCAUCAAGUGGUGGAUUUGCCACCUGUACGGCACCAAGCCAAACUCAGCUGUGACAUUGGCCGCUGGCUUUUCUUUAGGGUUCGAACACCUGCAGUGCCGCAGCGAAUAGCGAAAGGGGCCAUGGGCAGUGGCGGCGACUUCGGCAAAGGAUCUUUUCCGGAUGCGCCCAUGACUAAGCUGGGGCGAUUGGUGAAUGAUGGAAAGAUCCAGAAUUUGGAGGAGAUCUACCUGCACUCGCUUCCCAUCAAGGAACCUGAGAUCAUCGACCAUUUCUACCCACCCGGCUCCUUGAAGGACGAAGUGCUGAAGAUCCACCCUGUCCAGAAGAUGACUUCGGCAGGACAGACGAACCGCUUCGUGUGCUAUGUGCUGGUGGGCGACACCAAUGGGCACAUUGGCCUUGGCUCCAAGUGCGCGAAGGAGGUGGCCACUGCCAUUCGUGGUGGCAUCAUCGCGGCGAAGUUGAACCUCAUCCCGGUCCGACGAGGCUUCUGGGGGAACCGUAUCGGCUUGCCACACACCGUACCCAUGAAGGUCCACGGCAAGUGCGGCUCGGUGCGCUGCCGCUUGAUCCCCGCGCCCCGCGGCUCGGGCAUCGUGGGCUCGCCGGUGAUGAAGAAGAUGAUGGCAUUCGCCGGCAUCUCGGAUUGCUUCACCUGCUCCUGCGGCCACACCAGGUCAAGGAUGGGAAAACCUCAAUAA